UUAGAAGAAGUUCAUCAGAUAAUCCAUUCAGAAACAAAAAUAAAAGCUUCCUCUGCUUUUUAAAAAAAGUUCCAAUAGAGGAGAAUUAUCAGCUAACUGAUUUUGGCAGCAAAUGGCCAUGGAGCAGUGCUUGGAGAAGUGGAAUGAUUCGCCGGUUUCGAAUGAUAAUCCAACGAGUGCCUUCGACUGCAACAUCUGCCUCGACUCGGUGCAGGAUCCGGUGGUCACGCUUUGUGGCCACCUCUAUUGCUGGCCUUGCAUCUACAAAUGGCUUCAUUUUGAGACCAUCUCGGAUGACAACCAAGGCCGGAAACAGCACCAAUGUCCUGUAUGCAAAUCUGAUGUUUCGGAUGCCACAUUGAUUCCGCUCUACGGCCGGGGCGUAACAACAAAGGAAUCUAAGACUGAGACUUCCCGUUUCGGUAUGGAUAUACCGAAACGACCUCUCGGUCCUACUUGCGGCGUUGGCAGGAUACAACGAUUGCCAAAUUCUAACAAUAGUUCGCAGUUUCAUCAUCAUGGAUAUUCAUAUCAACCACAAGUGUACUACCCCGGUCAGGCUGGUUAUCCAGCUUCGCCGAUACUAAGUCCUGGUGGCAUGUCGAUAAAUGUACCGGAUCCAGCGAUCCGAAUGUUCGGCGAAAUGCUAUACGCUAGAGUAUUUGGGGACUCGGAUACAAACUUUUAUACGUAUCCGGGUUCGUACAAUCUAGCGGGGAUCACUAGUCCUAGAAUCAGACGGCACGUAAUGCAAGCCGAUAAAUCACUGGGCAGAAUAAGUUUUUUCCUCUUCUGCUGCUUAUUCCUGUGUCUACUUUUGUUCUGAACUUCCUUCUAAGCUUCCAUUUCGGACACUGUAUAGAAAGAUCCGAUUAUGUAUACAAAUUCGGAAA